CUCGCUUCUCCAUGGCCGACGACGGAGCAGCCGCCGGCGCAGAUCACUCCCCUCCUUCUCCGCCUCUCCAUCCCGCGGCGCCGAGCAAUCCGCCCCUCGAUGCAGCCGCCUUCACCCACACCCCGUACUACUGUGAAGAAAAUGUGUACUUGCUAUGUAAGGAACUGAUUAGAUCUGGAUUUGCUGAUCCUGCGGGCACUGACCUUUACGCUGUUUUCAUAUCAAAUGCGGAAAAGAAGGUUCCUCUCUGGUACCAGAAAGCAAGUCCCAGUGAUGAUGGAUUUGUCAUGUGGGAUUAUCAUGUAAUCUGUAUCCAGUCUAGGCGAAACAAAGGAGAAGUUCUUGAUCUUGUUUGGGAUUUGGACUCCACUCUUCCUUUCCCUUGUCCAUUCCUCCAAUAUGUUUCUGAGACAAUUCAGGCACUAUCAUUUGCUGACUCCAUCUAUCGAAGACUUUUCCGUGUAAUCCAUGGUUCAGUAUUUCUUCGAUCAUUUGCAUCAGAUAGAAGCCACAUGAAGGACCCCACGGGGAACUGGAUUGCCUUACCCCCGAAAUAUGAACCAAUUGUCGCUCAAGACGGAAACACCAAUAACCUGAGUGAGUACAUCGCCAUGUCUACCAACGAUGUCGGUGACCUGGAAAGUAUGGUUAAUGAUGUCCACUCCAACAAACACGGUGUGGUGACAAACGAAACCUUGCUGCCUAAGUUCUUCUCCCGGUUGCCCGGACGACAUCCUUAACAGAAGCUCUUUGAGUUAUCGUGAUCAAGCAGUGUCAGAAUUUUUAUUUUGCGAUGGCCCAUUGACUUCCUUUGAGCGGUUGAGGUCUUACAGUUGGUGAGAUCUUAUGAACCAAAUUUUGUAUGAUGCUGUGACGGGCCAUAUAUAAAACAUUUUGUGUGUGCAGUAUAUUGCUGUUGUUGAGGUACUCAAGCCUGAAAUGCUGAAACAAUUGUGAUAGCAUUUCAAUUAUUGAAAGCAACUUAAAAUGUUCCCCC